UUUCCGGGAGAGGGGAAGUGGGGAACGGGAUGGGCUGGCACGUUGUUUCUUUUCGGACUGCCGGAGACGCUGAACUGGGGUUGCACCGGGAAGAAGCCGAUGGUACGCGGUGGGCUUUGAGGCGGUGUAUUUUUUAAAAACUGCUAUUGCUAAAGGCAAGUCUUUCACUCUAACUACUGGAAAAAAGAAUGGAGACAGGUAAUCAGAAACAGCAUCGCGCGAAACACAGUGGGCCAAAGGCUGGCAAGAAAAAGAAGCGUCAUUUAAAAGACUUGGGAAUUGAAGAUGAGGAGGAUGCCAGGAAGAGAAAUCCAAAGGCCUUUGCAGUCCAGUCUGCUGUCCGGAUGGCCAGAACCUUCCACAGGACUCAAGAUUUGAAGACAAAAAAGCAUCACAUUCCUGUGGUUGACCGCACUCCAUUAGAGCCUCCACCUGUGGUGGUAGUUGUGGUUGGCCCUCCAAAAGUUGGGAAGAGCACCUUGAUAAAAUGUCUCAUUAAGAAUUUCACGAGGCAGAAAUUAGUUGAAAUCCGAGGCCCUGUAACAAUUGUAUCAGGGAAAAAACGUAGGCUGACCAUAAUUGAAUGUGGAUGUGAUAUUAAUACAAUGAUUGAUCUGGCUAAAGUUGCUGAUUUGGUUUUGAUGCUAAUUGAUGCCAGUUUUGGCUUUGAAAUGGAAACAUUUGAAUUUCUGAACAUUUGCCAAGUGCAUGGCUUUCCCAAAAUCAUGGGUGUUCUUACACACUUAGAUACCUUCAAGAACAACAAACAGCUCAAGAAAACUAAAAAGAGAUUAAAGCACAGAUUUUGGACUGAAGUGUAUCCGGGUGCCAAAUUGUUCUAUCUCUCCGGGAUGGUGCAUGGAGAAUAUCAAAAGCAAGAAGUCCAUAACCUGGGACGCUUUAUUUCUGUUAUGAAAUUUCGUCCUCUUACUUGGCAAACUUCUCAUCCCUAUGUUCUAGCAGACAGAAUGGAAGAUUUAACAAACCCGGAAGAAAUCAGAGUUAAUCCAAAGUGUGACAGAAAGAUUUCACUUUAUGGUUAUUUAAGAGGAGCACACUUGAAAAACAAAAGCCAAAUACACAUGCCAGGUGUGGGUGAUUUCACUGUAAGUGAUGUCAGUUUUCUCCCAGACCCUUGUGCUCUUCCCGACCACCAGAAGAAACGUUCAUUAAAUGAGAAGGAAAAGCUGAUUUAUGCUCCUCUGUCAGGUGUUGGUGGCCUAGUAUAUGACAAAGAUGCUGUUUAUAUUGACUUGGGAGGAAGUCAUGCACAUCAGCAUGCAGAGGAGGAAGUAAGACCAAACCAUGAACUAGUCCAGAGCCUCAUCUCCACACACUCAACUAUUGAUAGCAAGAUGGCUUCAAGCAAAGUGUCUCUCUUCAUGGAUUCCGAACCACUAGGGACUGAAGACAUUGAUGUUCAAGAAAACAUUUUUGUGAUGCCCAAAGAAGAGAAGAAAGUUGACUCCCACACUGGGAGGGUACGUCGAAAGGCAGUGUUUGAAGACGAAGAUGAAGGAAGUGAUGAAGAAGAUGAAGAAAUGUCUGUGGAUGACAAAGGAGGUGGGAAUCAUGAGGAGGAUGAAGAAGGAGAACACGGUGACAAUGAUAUUCCAGGUCAGGAACUGGUCAUGAGAACUUCCAACCAGACUGAAAAGGAACUCAAACAGGAAAAGCUAACAGAGCUGCCAGCAUUCGCUGAUAGUGAUGACGAUCUUGAGAUGACUUCAGAUGAGGAAGAGGAAACUGGCCUUGCUUGGAGUGGAGAAGAGGGAGAUGGCAGCAAACAGGAAAGUGAUGAGGAAAAGAUGAGCAAUACUUUGUCUGUACCUAGAAAUACAGAUUUAUGUCAUAGGCCUGUGAGCUGUGAAAAAGGCAGAAAAGCCAAAGAGUUGAAAAAUACUAGAAGCCAGGAUAAAAAGAUGGCUCUUGAAGAAGCAUCAGUAUCUGAGACGGAAGAGUCUUCUUUAGAGGAGGAAGGUGAACCAAUAGAUGAUUCUGAUAUUGAAGAGUCUUCUGGGGAAGAGUCCCAGCCACAGAGUGCUGGUUUUAGAAUACCUGAGUCAAGGUCUCUGAAAAUUGAGGAUGAUGUUGAAGAUCUGUUGAAAGAGGAAGAAGAAUAUAUAGAAGCCUCUGACUUUUCUGCAGACACUGCUGGUGCACUUAAAUGGAAAGAAGAUCUUACUCAAAAGGCAGCUGAAGCAUUUCUGAGGCAACAACAGUCCGCUCCCAAUCUCCGCAAACUUGUUUAUGGGACAGUGGCUGAGGAUGAGGAGAAUGAGCCACAAGAAGAUGAACUCGGAGGGUUGUUCCACGUUAGCCGUCCCGACAAGGAGUCCAAACGAAAAGCAGAUGCCCUUGACUGCUCCAAAUUUCAUGUGGAAGCCCCUCAAGAUUGGAACUUAGAUGAGGUGAUGAACAGUAUUAGGGACUGUUUUGUGACUGGAAACUGGGAAGCUGAUAAAGAUGCAGCAAAACUAUUAAAGGAAGAUGAAGAGUUAUAUGGUGAUUUUGAAGACCUUGAAACAGGAACCAUACACAAAGGCAAACAGAGUGAUCCAGGAAAUCAGGCAGGAAAUGAAGAAGAGAAAGAGGAUGGUGAAGGAGAAGACGGCAAAACUAGCAAAGAGGAAGAGGAGAAGCAGCAGCGCAUAGAUAAGAAGCGCAAACUGAAAGAAAUGUUCGAUGCUGAAUAUGAUGAAGGGGAUGCCACUUACUUUGAUGAUCUGAAAGGGGAAAUGCAGAGACAAGCUCAGCUUAACAGGGCUGAAUUUGAAGAUCAAGAUGAUGAGACCAGAGUUCAGUAUGAGGGCUUUCGGCCAGGAAUGUAUAUCCGAAUAGAACUUGAGAGUGUUCCUUGUGAAUUGGUGCUAAAUUUUGACCCACACUAUCCAAUUAUCUUGGGUGGCUUGGGAAACACAGAAGGAAAUGUGGGUUAUGUGCAGAUGCGCCUCAAGAAGCAUCGCUGGUAUAAGAAAAUACUCAAGACUCGUGAUCCUCUGAUUCUGUCAUUAGGCUGGAGGAGGUUUCAAACCAUCCCUAUAUACUACAUUGAAGACCAUAAUGGGCGUCACAGGCUACUUAAGUAUACACCACAGCAUAUGCAUUGUGGAGCAACAUUUUGGGGCCCUAUCACACCACAAGGGACAGGAUGUUUGGCAAUCCAGUCAGUGAGUGGUACAACACCUGAUUUUCGGAUAGCUGCCACUGGAGUUGUACUUGACUUAGAUAAGUCUAUAAGAAUUGUGAAGAAAUUAAAGUUGACUGGUUUCCCAUUCAAAAUUUACAAGAAUACAGCAUUUAUUAAGGGAAUGUUUAACUCUGUAUUAGAAGUGGCUAAGUUUGAAGGAGCAGCUAUUCGUACUGUGAGUGGUAUCCGAGGACAAAUUAAAAAAGCCCUCCGAACGCCAGAGGGUGCCUUCAGAGCAACAUUUGAAGACAAAUUGCUUAUGAGUGAUAUUGUGUUCUUGCGAACUUGGUAUCCUGUAUCCAUUCCGGCCUUCUAUAAUCCAGUGACUUCGUUGCUAAAGCCUGUGGGUGAAAAAGACACCUGGGCAGGAAUGAGGACUACAGGCCAGUUAAGGCGCGACAGGGGGAUCAGGCUAAAACAAAACAAGGAUUCACUAUAUAAGGUUAUUGUGCGGGAAAAGAAGCAUUUCAAUAAACUGCAUAUCCCCAAAGCACUUCAAAAAGCUCUGCCCUUUAAGAGCAAGCCUAAGUUGCAAGAAGGAAAAGGAAAAGUCACAAAUCGCAGCACUUCUCUCUGCUUUGGGUACGAUACACAGCUACAAGUUGCAAAAAGCCAAGGUGAAACACCGCGAGCAGCUUAA